GUUCUUACUCAAGCUCUCCCAUUGCUUAUUCCCAAACCACAAUAAUGGUUCUCAAACUCUUCCUUCUCAUUCUCUCCUGUCCAAUUUUGGCUCUUUCUGUUAAUCAAGAAGUCCUGUAUCUCCACAGUGCGAAGCUCGGUCUGGAUGACCCGGACGGCGUGCUUUCAAGCUGGAUCGACGGCGAUGACUCGCCGUGUAAGUGGUUCGGCGUAUCGUGCGAUGUCCGAUCAGGUUCAGUCAUCUCUCUCGACCUUUCCAAUACGAAUGUCGCCGGACCUUUCCCCGUUGUUCUUUGCCGGCUUAAAAAUCUGAGCUUUCUCUCGUUUUUCAACAAUUCCAUGAGCUCCACGAUUCCGGAUGGGCUGUCCGGUUGUCAGGCCAUGGAGCAUCUCGAUCUGUCUCAGAAUUACUUGACGGGGUCGCUUCCGGAUGCUCUGGCCGAGCUUCCCAACUUGAAAUACCUCGGUUUAAGCGGAAAUAAUUUUUCCGGCGAAAUUCCGGCGAGCUUCGGGAGGUUUCAGAGGCUUGAAUACUUGGGACUCGUCUCGAACAUGUUGGACGGGACGCUCCCGGCGUUUAUCGGGAACGUUUCGAGUUUGAAGCAGCUGAAUCUCUCGUACAACCCGUUUUACCCGGGUCGGAUCCCGCCGGAGUUCGGGAACUUGUCGAAUCUGGAGGUCCUGUGGCUCUCCAGCACUAAUCUGAUCGGGGAAAUUCCCGACUCGCUGAGUCGGCUCACCAAGCUGGUCGAUUUGGAUCUCGCGUGGAACGGGCUGAGCGGGCCGGUUCCGAGCUGGCUCACUGAUUUGACCAGCGCCGUUCAGAUUGAGCUCUACAACAACUCGUUGACCGGGGAGCUUCCGGCGAAAGGGUGGUCGAGAAUGACGGCGCUGAGGCUGAUUGACGCGUCAAUGAACCAGUUGACGGGGAAUAUUCCGGCGGGGUUGUGCGAGUUACCCCUUGAGUCACUGAAUCUUUACAAUAACAAUUUCGAAGGUAAAUUACCGGAAAGCAUUGCAAAUUCCCCUAAUUUGUACGAGUUGCGGCUUUUCUCAAACAAUCUGAACGGAAGUUUGCCGGAAAAUCUGGGCAAAGUCUCACCUCUGAUUAUGAUUGAUAUCACCGACAAUGACUUCACCGGCGGAAUCCCUUCAUCCCUGUGCGAAAUGGGUGUUCUAGAGGAGGUCCUGCUGAUACACAACUCAUUCUCCGGCGAAAUCCCGGCGAGUUUGAGCCACUGCCACAGCUUAAAACGAGUGAGACUUAUGAACAACAAUCUCUCCGGCGAAAUUCCGGGGGGGUUUUGGGGGCUACCCCAGCUUUCAUUGCUCGAGUUGGUAAACAAUUCAUUCACAGGGCAAAUCGCCAAAACCAUUUCCGGCGCGUCCAAGCUUUCUUCCUUACUCCUAUCAAACAACAGAUUUUCCGGUCCCAUCCCGGAGGAAAUCGGAUCUCUUGAAAAUCUUUUUGAAUUUAUGGGCAAUGACAAUCAGUUCUCCGGCCAAUUACCGGCCAGCAUUGUGAAUCUCAGUCAGCUGGGACGAUUCGAUCUUCACAAUAACGAACUUUCGGGUAAUCUUCCCAACGGAAUCCAACAUUGGAGAAGAUUAAAUGAAUUGAACCUAGCAAACAAUAAGCUCUCUGGGAACAUUCCUCUGGAAAUAGGUAACAUAUCUGUUCUAAACUUUCUUGAUCUGUCAGGAAACCGAUUUUCCGGGAAAAUCCCCAUGGAAUUACAAAACCUGAAGCUGAAUCAACUGAACCUGUCAAACAAUCACCUCUCCGGCAACAUUCCGCCUUUGUUUGCAAAGCAAAUGUACAAAGACAGCUUUCUUGGGAAUCCCGGGUUGUGCGACGUCCACGGAUUAUGCAACAGGCGAGAUGGAGACAAACACUAUGUUUGGUUGGUCUUUGUGUUAUGUGGUUUGGUUCUCAUUCUUGGAGUGGGUUGGUUCUAUUCCAAGUAUAGCAGCUUCAAGAAAGCCGAAACGGCAAAUGAUAGAUCAAAAUGGAUAUUGAUGUCGUUUCACAAACUCGGUUUCGACGAGUACGAGAUAUUGGAUUCCCUCGACGAGGACAAUGUCAUCGGGAGGGGGUUGUCUGGAAAGGUGUACAAGGUUGUCUUGAGCAAUGGGGAAGCUGUGGCCGUGAAGAAAAUCCUAAGCAACACAAAAGAGUGCGGCGAUAUAGAGAAUGGGGAGUCUUCCCUAGGGGACGAUGGGUUUGAAACGGAGGUCGCGAUGUUAGGGAAGAUUAGGCAUAAGAACAUUGUGAAGCUGUGGUGCUCUUGCAUCACUAGGGACUGCAAGCUUUUGGUGUAUGAAUACAUGCCUAACGGGAGCCUGGGCGAUUUGCUUCAUAGUACCAAGAGCGGGUUGUUGGACUGGGGGUUGAGGUAUAAGAUAGCAAUAGAUGCGGCGGAGGGAUUGUCUUAUCUACACCACGAUUGCGUCCCCCCGAUUGUUCAUAGGGACGUGAAAUCGAACAAUAUAUUAUUGGAUGGGGAUUUUGGAGCUCGGGUUGCGGAUUUCGGUGUGGCUAAGGUGGUCGAACGGAACGACAAGGGAACCAAACUCAUGUCUGGGAUUGCAGGAUCUUGUGGUUACAUUGCACCUGAAUACGCGUACACGCUUCGGGUGAAUGAGAAGAGUGACAUAUACAGCUUCGGGGUGGUGAUCUUGGAGUUGGUCACGGGGAGGCUCCCGACAGAUCCCGAGUUCGGGGAAAAGGAUCUAGCGAAGUGGGUGUGCACCACGCUAGACCAGAAAGGCGUGGAUCAUCUCAUCGAUCCAAAACUGGACUCUUGCUUCAAGGAAGAAAUGUUCAAAGUUCUAAGCAUUGGGCUCCUCUGCACCAGCCCGCUCCCCAUCAACCGUCCGUCGAUGAGACGGGUGGUGAAGAUGCUCCAAGAAGUGAGCCCCGCGACGAAGCCUGACAAGGAUGUCAAACCCACGCCCAACCACUGCGACGAUGCUUCUGAUCACGGUAGCGUUGCGUAGAAGGAACGAGUGAAGAGUUACGCUUAGGGACCCCGUUUUUCACCCCUCUUCGUACAUACAUUCACAGACAAGAUAACAAAUGGGGUGAAAAAUGGGGUUCAUUUAGCAUUUUUUUCAUGUUUUAGUUUUGAAAGAAAGGGCUAACUACCUU